AUGUUAGAAGAAGCUUUUAUAAAAAAUGAAAUUUCACCUGGUAUUUGUGAUAUACCUAAAGGCAUUUUAAAAGUUAAGUAUGAGAAUUGUAUUGUUGAUUUGGGUAAUGAAUUAACACCAACACAAGUUAAAGAUGUACCAACUGUUACUUAUGAUGGUGAUUCUUCAACUUAUUAUACACUUGUAAUGACAGAUCCCGAUGCACCAUCAAGAGGUGAACCAACUCUUGGGGAAGUUAAACAUUGGUUAAUUAUGAAUAUUCCUGGUAAUAAUAUAAAUGAUGGUGAAAUAAUUGCUGAUUAUAGAGGAAGUGGUCCUCCAAAAGGAACUUCUCUUCAUCGUUAUAUAUUUCUUUUAUAUAAACAAAAACAAAAAAUAAAUACUAGUAAUGAAAUUAAAGCUCCAAGUACCUCCAGAGAUGGUAGAUUAAAAUGGAAUGUUAAAGAAUUUUCCAAGAAAUAUGAUCUUGAAGGACCUAUAUAUGGAAACUUUUAUCAAGCACAAUAUGAUGAUUAUGUUCCAAUAUUACAAGCACAAACAAAAUAA